AUGCCGCUGGAUUGGGAGUGGGGCCUUCUGCCUCUUAGCUCCCUCAACCCUCCAACUGAAGAAGCCAAGCAACGCUUCCCUCGCAUCGCGGCGGAGCAGCGAGGCCCUCCCCGGAACCGGACUCUAGACAAAGAGGACCCGGAUCCUUACGUCCACUGGACCGACCUUAAGAUGGGCCGGACUCACACUCCACGCCCCGACGCUCCCUCAGCCAGCACCAACCCGCAGGUCCACGAACACGUGGUUCCGCUGCAGGCCGAGGUCGGCCAUGAAUUCCUGGAGAAGCUUACCUCCCAGGAGAAGAGAAAAGCUCCGGCACCGGAAGCUGGCUCUAGCGAGGUUCCUCCCGCCAAGCGCCCCAAGAAGAAGCCCUCUAAGAGGCAUUAUGUGAGGCGAGAGAUGCCGACUUCUGCCGGCCCGGCGCUCAAGAUUUCCAAGAGCGCUGCCAGCAUGCCUCCGGAAAGCUCCGAAGAUGCCGCAAGGCCUUCGCCUCCUCCUCAACAAAGUCCGGUGCCUUCUGGCGCCGGCAACUCUUCUGCCUCCCCUCUGGGGGGCACAGCAAGUGCAGGGCGCGCGGCCCCUACACCGCUAGAUUACCGCGCGGAGGAAGACAUCGUCUCCCCUCCUGAGAACCGAGACACCGGCGCCAGCAACACCGGCGCCGAUACUGAAGAUGCCGGGCGGGCGGAACCUCAGGUUCCUCUCGUCCCAAAAGAAAAGAAGAAGAAGAAGACUUCCGCUUCCUCCCCCUCUACGUCUGUGCCGGAAACUUCCGCGCCGGGCGCGCCUGAUGCCUCCGCGCCGCCCAAGCCUACUACCAUGCCUCCUCCAGCGAGUUCAGCCGGAGGUUCCAGCGCGGCCAAGCCUCCAACACCGCCGCCAAGCCAAGAGCCCGUUGUGGCCAAAACUAAGCCGACGCCGCCGUCAGAAGGCGCCAAACUGCGCGUGUCGGAACCUUUUAAGGCGAAGGCAACGGCUUCCAGCCCGCAGUCGCUGGUGCUACACUCCGGCCCCGCCGUUGUCGUGGCUGGAGAGAGAGCUACCGGCCUCCUUGGCCGGAUUACAGAGCUGAAGCGCGAGGGCAAGGAGCUGGGGCACUUGCUUGAUUACGCUGAGAAGUGGAAUCAGGCCGACGUGUCCGCGGCUACGCGCGGUGUGGGGAAGGACCGGCUUCCUAUCAUAGACCCGGCCGGCCCCCGAUGCACUGAAGAGCAUUUCAUCCGGCUGAAGCGCGCCGUGAAGGAAUUCGACAACGCGUGGCAUGAUGUCACCAGCAAUGCGGUGCCAUUCCGGAAGCCUCCCUUGAGGCCCUCAAGACUCAGAUUGUCAACCUCCAAGGUACUGUUUUUUCUCCGGUUACAUUAUCUUUCCGUGCUUUACCGGUUUUGUUCAAACUUCUUCCUCCGUGUUUCAGUUGAAAAGGAGCAGCUCCUCCGGGACCACCAGACGGCCUUGGAUGCCCAGAAAACUAUUUCCAGGGAGCUCAAGGAGCAAGCCAUGCAAGCCGCUGUCCAGCACAGCCAAGAGCUGAAGGAUGCCAAGGCAGCAGCCGAGGCCAGGCUGGCGGAGGUCGUGGAUGAUUCCGCGAACUCCACUGCAGUGCUGAGGGCAGAGCUGGAGGAAAUGGGCAAGUUCCGGAAGGCUGCCGAGGACCAGGUCGCCCGCUUAACCGCGGAACAGAAGGAGUAUGAUGAGUUGGUGCACGCGGAAAAGAAAGUGUCGGAUCGCCGGAUUGCACAGCAAUUCCGGGAUCUUGCCACGCCUUGGGAUCCUUAUGAUCACUUGGUUGCCCUUUCUGCCCGCGUCCAGCAUAUGCGCGCUGUGGACCGGCAUCUUGCCGACCUGCCUGACAUAGCGAUCCAGCUCUAUAAGGAUGCUCCCACCGACACGGAUCCGGUCCUCACCGCGAAGCGGAAGGACCGUGCCUACCGGAUCGUGGAGUACGCUUCGGUUCGCACCUUUAUUCCCCCACCUCCUGGAGUCGAAGAUUGGCUCAACAACGAAGGAGAAGAGGAGGAGGAGGAAGAAGAGGAUGCCGGAGAUGCGCCCCCGGAAGCUCCAAGGGCCAGUGAUGCUCCCCCUGAAGCCCCCGUUGCUUGA